CCUGUCGGUAGAUUCUGCGGAAGAUGGCAGGAUCUGUCGACAGCCUGGCCCCAUUCUGCCACCAGAUGGUUGACUGGGUAUAUUAAACCAAAAUGUCCAUUGUGCGAUACAUCAGUCCUCCCCUACUGCGGUGACAAAUUAUUACACGAUGCCUGCUGCUGCUCGGACCCAAACUACGACGAUGACUUACCAUUCGUGUGUACAUUGGCAGACUGCGGAUUUCUACAUGCCAACAGUUGCAGGGAGCACCGGUUGAUCGCCAGAUGCUGUUGUACCGAUGAUUAUAAAUCUUUAUUGAAAUCGUUUCCCAGUUAGAAUAAUUGAAGAUUCGAAUUUUAAUUUGGAUCAUCUU